UUUUCUAUAACUUUAGCUUCAAGCAUCUCCACAUCACUUCAUUACCACUUUAUAGACAAUAGAACAAAAGAAGCAGAAAAAAGACAGAAGCUGCUCACAACUCACAGUCCUCUCUAUCAAUGGCUGCUCAAAUCCCCAUAGGGACACGAGGAACUAUUGGAUCGCUUGUCCGUAAAGAAAUCGACUACUUCAAAAACUUCAAUGCAUGUCCCCGGUAUGAUCCAGGGAGAGGUAAUUCUGAAGAAAACACAAAGGGUUGUGAACGAAGAGAUAGCUCAUCACGGCUGAGUUCUUGGUUCUCCAGAACAAAGUGGAGUAAGAAGAAGAAGCGGCAGAGUUGUGGUCGUGGUACUUUUUUGCCGGGUAUGUGCUCGGCGGUGGAGGUUUCCGGUGAGAAUCGAGUUCCCGGUUUCAACUAUAGGAUCUUGAAGAAUGAUGAGAAGGGCUUGCGAGCGUAGAGGAUUAUUUAUGUGGAUCACGGUAAAAAACAAUGUGGAUCUACAUAAAAAAAAAACUUUUGAUUUAUGUGUUAAUUUGUUACAUUUUAUUAUGUCAAUUAGCAUAUUCUGCUUUUCUUUUACCAGUGUAAAUUAAAAAUUAUUAUUUUAUAUAUGUCACAUAUGCAUGCUCAAGGAUUUU